AAUAGUUUUUUAUUGAAAAGCAUAUUCACCUGGCGCUUUUUUUACAAGAAAGUAAUUUUAUUUAGAUAUCAUGCAUUUUGUAGUAGUUAAGCAUCUUAUAAACAAUAUGUAGAGGAGAGAAAGGAAUUUUGAACCACAUUUUAUUUAAGUAACUCAGUAAAUAUUUGUGACCUAAUUCUUGUCAGUACCUCUAUAAAGUUCUAUCAAUCAUGCAGAAGUUUUUCGGAUAUAAUAAACAUAAUUAACAAUUUUCUGAACAGGGAAAAAAGACUGAGGAACCUAUAGAGGAUAUCGAACACUACCAACAAAUCAUUUUCUAAAAGAUUAAUGAAAACAAAGAAUAAAAAAAUUAACGCAGAUAGUAAUCGGCGAGUUUUUAGUAUUUCUUUGACUUACAUAUCGGUUAUUUUGGGUUUUAAAUUGAAGAAAAAUAAUAGUAUUGCAAUGUUAAAUUAAGAAUUAUUUUAAUUAUAUUAAUGCUUAAAAACAUCUGUAUUUAUCAUAAUCUCAUCUCUUCGCGAAAAACUCAUAAAGAAUUUGUUGUAAAAAAUAUUAUCUCAAUGAUUUGAAUAUGGGUCUUCGUACAUUCCGUGCAGGAUUUACUUAGGCAGCACACAAUAUUUAUGAUAAAUAUUUAUGAUACAUAUUUAUUUAUAUUUAUUUUUUUAAUGUUAUAUAAAUAUCUUAUACUUUAUGUGCGGUCAUGGACAGAAAAGUUGUCUGAUUUUUUGUUACAAGUUUUGGAACCUACUUCAUUAUGUGAAAGAUGAUAAUCUCUGCUCAGCUAUACGCGGUGAUGCAUUAUUAAAGCAAAAAAUUAGGUAUAAGAAUCGUACAUGUUAAUAAAGUUAGAAUGUAACAACAAAUAUAGACAACAAAUAUAGAUAAAUUUUAUAAAUAUAAUUGUAGCUAAUGAAACGUUAUUUGCUAAUGCAGUGUCGUGUAACAAACACGAAGAAAAAAGAAAGAAAUAUUUAAAUAGAAAAUAAUAAAUAAAUAAUCAGUGAAUAAUGUUAUGUCAUUAAUUUUUUAUUUAUAUUGAUAUAAAAUUAUUAAAAUUUAAUUAUAAUAACGAAAUAAUUAUUAUUAUUAUUUAGAAUUUUAGAAAAGUACUACACAAAAGUCACAGUAAUGUUUUUCUUCAAGUUUUCACAUAACAAAAGUUCACACAAAACUGCGAUCCUGCAAAUGAGUUUUUUAAUUUAUAUAUUGAUUAAUUAUGCGCAUUAUGUGCAAUUAUGAUUGUAUUAUUCAUUUAUAGAACGAACAGUUUACUCCAUUUGGGAAUUAGAAAUAGAUUAAAAAACGUAGAUAUUUUUUGAGGAUCCAAAAAUCGACAAUAUCGUCUGAUUCGCAAAAUAUUUGUAGUAGUACAGAUAUGAAGUUGGAAGCAAUAAAUACUCAAAAUUGCCACCUUCGGAUUCUUUGAUAUUUUUCUCUAAAAUUAUUAUGUCAAAUUUGAAGCAACGAAUUUGUGUUUACAACGAGAAUAAUACAUUACUAUUCAUAUUUGUAGUACAAAAUAGUGUUAGACAAUAAUUGACAGACCAACAGAUUAUAAAAGCUCUAAAAAGCAAGUCGCCUUUACAUAGAGAGGGGAUGCUUGACUUUAUAUAUACGCAUGUGUCACGGAUUUCUCUCAGUACACGAUUCCACACGUCCGCAUGUGUUUCAUAGUUUUUCUUAAUUUAUAAAUCAUUUAAUCCUUCUAAUCUGCGAUUUAUUCAAUAUGAUUUCUUCGACGAGAACUCUUUCUCUUUUUACGCUGUUAUUCACGCUGUUGUUAUUCACACUAAUGUUAGGAAUAUUUUUGUGCUCCAUAGUUGCAGACGCUGAACAGGAGAGGUUCUACGUGCGGCAUUAUAAAACUAAAAACACUUUGCAGUUAAUUUCGGUGGUAAUAAGACAUGGAGAUAGAGCACCUUUGAAUACUUAUCCAAAUGAUCCUUAUAUCAACAACAGUAUGGAACCCUAUGGUUGGGGUCAGCUAACAGAUAAAGGAAGAAAGUACCAGUACAAUCAAGGAUUGUUUUUGCGAAAACGUUACGAUGAUUUCUUGGGGUCAAUAUAUCACCCUGACAUAUUUUAUUUACAAUCUACCGCUUAUGAUCGUACGAAAAUGUCAGGCAUGCUGGAGGCUGCUGCUCUAUGGAAACCUAACAGUAAACAAAUGUUCGAACUUGGUCUACCUUGGCAGCCAGUCACACUGCACUAUCAAGAAUUUAAAAAAGAUACGCUCAUGUUACCGUGGUACAUGUGCCCUAGAUAUGCACAGCUACGCUCUUCAGUAAAUGAUUUGCCGGAAAUCCGGAAAGUGCACCAGGACAAUAAGCAAUUAUUUAGAGAGCUCUCAAACUUCACAGGAAUGCCAUUUAUGACAGUCGACCAUAUUACCUCGUUUUAUGAUAUGUUAAUAGCUGAGGAAAAUAUGAAUUUAACCCUGCCAAUAUGGACAAAGAAUUAUUAUCCCGAUAAACUAAAACCUUUAUAUUUACUCGGCGAGCGACUUUACACAUACAACGAUGAAUGCCGUAAGCUCUAUGGUGGUGCUAUACUGAAAAAAAUUAUUGCUGACAUGAAAGGGAGAAAACAAGGCACUCUUCCGGAGAGAAGAAAAAUGUUUAUGUAUCUCGGUCACGACAUCACUGUCGUUUCCUUGUUGAAUACCAUGCACAUUUGGUACGAUCAAAUACCUUACUAUAACAUCAUGAUAAUAAUAGAGUUGCAUGAGAAUGAGGGCAAAUGGAACGUUCAGAUAUUUCUAAGGAAUACAACAGCUCACGAACCAUAUCCGAUGACAAUACCUGGAUGCACUGUUGCAUGUCCUCUUGACAAAUUUGUAGAGAUCUUGAAACCGAUGAUACCAGAUAACUGGGAAGAGGAAUGUAAAGUCAAUGAUAGUAAUUAUGUAAUUCCACCUCCUCCAUAUCUAUAAUUGUAAAAACUAGAAUAAAAAAUAGUUAUAAAAAUACA